AUGGCCAAGAAUGCCGUCGACGCGCACCGCAAGGCGUUGAAGAAGAAGGAGCUCAAGCGCAACAAGGACGAUCGCAAGAAGGUCAGGGAGAUUUCGACCGUCAAGAAGGAUACACGGAGUAAGUGACCGACCUUUAGGUUCGAGCACUGGCGGUUGGCUGUCGUAGUUCGUGGAGGUCGGCGAGAAGGAGAGGCUUUGUGGGGGGUCGGGGACGUGACUUGGGGAGACGGGAGUUUGGUUGAUUGGACCUGCAGAGUUCAGGAGGGAAGAGUGCUGACAUUCAGGUUGACGUUGAUCCAAAGCGCUCGAAUCGGAUAUCAAGAGGCUAGCAUCGAAGAGGGAUCUCACGGCGAACGACAAAGAGCAGCUCGCCUCACUACGAUCCGAGCUCGAGAGGAUCAACAAGGCCAAAGCGACGUGUACGUCAUUCAGGUCCGAGGCGAUCACUUUCGUUCAUGAUAUGGAUGCUUAUUUUCUGACCGCUCUAUCUCGAAACAGAUGUAGAAGCCCAUCCCGAACACCGCAAGUUCGUCUACCCCGAACGGCCCGAAGGUGCGAACGGACCCGGCGGCGCUGGACCUUCCCGAGAUCCACCUGGACUGUACACCAAAGACGGGAAAUUGAAGCAUCCGGAAAGGAGUAUCUACUAUGAUCCCAUCUUCAACCCUUUUGGUGCCCCACCGCCUGGCAUGCCUUAUCGCGAACGACGUGAGUCUUCUGUGACUGAGAAAGUUCGCCGAGUUUUGGGCUGCUCUCAAUCUGGCCAGUCGCGGACUUGUCUUCUCUUUGCUUUGAUAGCACCGACAGCGGAAGAGAUGUCUGCUUUCAUGCCCGCCCCCAUGCCAGGUGUGUUCGACUCUGUGCACCGGUCGCAAAAGAGAUUGCUGAACCGAGCAAUGUCCCUCGUCUGGUAGCACGUCCCGCCGCCGAAAGUGAAGAAGAUGACGACGAGGAUGACAGCGACGAAGAUGACGAGGACGAAGAUGAAGACGAUGGUAUUGUCAUGCCCGAAGGUCCACCCCCUGGGAGCGAUGAUUCGGACGAUGAUUCCGAUGACUCUCUCGGUGAUAUUCCCAUGCCGCCGGGACCUCCACCGCCGAAAGCGAUGACUGGACCGAACGGACAGCAGAGUGCGUAUACGUCUUUUGGCCGGUAUGUUAUCUGCGUUACUAAUGGCGUGGCCAAUGUUUUCUUUGCUUUCUCUGCUUUAGACGUUUCCCGCCCGGCCAUUCAGAGGCCUAGUCAAGGGCCUCGACCACCACCCUAUCCUCAACACCGCGGCCCUCAGCCCAAUUUCAACCCGCAUCAGCAGUACCCUCCUCGACCCCCUCCUAACUUCAGACCCCCACAUUUACACCCCAAUGGACCACCGCGGCAGCCUCAUCACCUCCCCGCCCGACCACCACCCCCAUCGCAACUUGAUCCCAUCACGGGGGAAAUGUCGACAAACUAUCAAGCGCACCAACAUGCUCGACGGAAUGAAGCCCAAGCCAAUGCCAGUUCUAUUCCACCACCACCAACAGGUAAUCCGCCUCCGCCGCCGCCACCCCCUCCCUCUGCAUCGGUUUCUUCGUCUGCAACAGUGACGGGUUUGCCGACCCCCUUCGCCGUGAUCGGAGCCAGUGCCCCUGCAGCCACUAUCUCCGCCGCUCCACAGUUACGAGAUCUCAAAAAGGAAGCAACGGCAUUCAUGCCUUCCCAUCUACGAAAGAAGAAAGCCACGACUGCUUCAGCUUCGACAGCCGCUUCAGCAGGUUUGGGCUCGAUCGAUGCGGCGCGUGGAUCGGGGGAAGGCGGGAAUCCGAUCCCUGAACGAGCGAGCUUAUUGGGUGCUUUGAAGGAUGCGGGUAUUAGUGGUCAGAAACCGAUGGGCGGGGCGCAGACCAAGGCUGAAAGGGCGAAGGAGGAUUACGCGAGGUUCGAGGCGGAGAUGGCAGAGUUCUUGUAG